CGCCUCCGUUGCUGCGACACGCACGUCAACAGUCAUGGCGGACAAGGAGAAGCGGAGGUCCGGGCUGGGCUCCGCGGGGCUGACCGGGGACGGAAAAGCCUCCAGAUCCGACAGCGACAGAGACUUCCUGACGCAGGCCGGGGUGGGGGAGCUGCUGCGGGGGGCCGUCCUCAAGAUGGUGGAGGCCAGAUCCGACGACCCCAUCGGCUUUUUGGCGGACCACUUCUGCAACCUGGCCUCCAUGACGGACCCGGGAGGGGCCGGGUGGGGGGGUGAAGGGGAGCAGCCGAACAGCGGAGGACCGAUGGGCGCAGGCGCACAAGAGCAGCAGCAUCUGAACAGGGCUCUGUGGCACCUGAGGCUGGCCCACCAUUCACAGAGAUCUGCCUUCAGUAACAACGUGCGUGUUGCAUACGACCUCCUGAACCUCAGCGCUCCCCGUACAUGCUCCUUUGAUGGUCCUGAGGCUCCAGAUGUCCCCUGCAGUCCUACAGGAGGAGGAGGGGGAGGAGGAGUGGGGGGAGGGGUGAGAGGAGGCUUGUACACCCAGACUCUGCAGUGUUUGUGUAGUGAAGGUGGCGUCCCAGCAUCCACCUCUGCUCCGCUCCUGCGACGCCUACACUGCCAAGACCACGAGGCGGUCCCGUAUGAUGUUUUCCGUCAUGGCGUGCUAACAUGUGCGGUGUUCUCAGACUACAUCCGACAGGCCCAGAGGCUCUACGCCGAAGUGUGCUGCCCGGACGAGGGCCCGGUGUCGCGGGCGUUGUGCAUGGCCGUGCUGGGGACCCUCAAAGAGGCCCUGGAGACGUCACAGGGCAGCGAUGCAAACAACAUUGUGAAUGCUAAUGCUAAAGCUAAUUCCUGUCUGGAAGUUAACGUAAAGGCUAUUCGUUAUCUGGAGGCCAGUGCCAAGAUAUCUCCCUGUAAGCUCGCUCAGGCCAUGUCAGGAGCACAGACGCGAGGGCCUGGAGGGAACAUGGACGCCAAGGAGUUUGAAAACGCAGCCGCAGAACUGUUUAUCACCCGAGUAAAAGUUGUGUCCUAGCUCUGUCUGUGUUGUGUUCAUCAGUAGUGACAGUAUCUGUUGUUUGUCCUAAAAGUCUCUAGAAGUUCCUAAAUGACAUCAUCACCUAAUUUGCACAAUAGUAAAUGUUCAUGUAAUUGUACUGAUGGAUGUAGGACAGAGGAAUAACAUUGUGUUAGA